AUGUGUAUUUACACAAACAACGUUUUCCUCUGGGACUUGCGGUAUAAAGGAGGAGUCGUGGUCCCCGACACCCUCCUUCCCGGCAUCUCCCAAACAAGGCAGGAUGACCAAAGCCCCUUUCUCUGUGGAGUGGUUGUCGCAAAGCAGCCAGGCCCUCAAGAGCCCCACCGAGGGCUCCCCGCACCGACCAUCCUCCGCGGGCCAUCGACCCGGCUCUGGCUCCAGCCCCGGCUUAAGAGAGCGGAGUGAGGAGCAGCCCGCCGGCCCGCGGGCCGAGAGAGGCGGCAGGAGCAGGGAGCGCUCGGCGGCCCGCCCCGCUGCAGGCUGCGCACGGCCUUCAGCGCGGAGCAGAUCAGCACCCUGGAGAGCUCCUUCCAGCGGCAGCGCUACCUGGGGGCGGCCGAGCGCCGCCAGCUGGCCGGCAGGAUGCGGCUCUCGGAGGUGCAGAUCAAAACCUGGUUUCAGAACCGCCGGAUGAAGCUCAAGCGGCAGCUACAGGAGCUGAGGCCGGAGCCUUUUUGCAGCUCCCCUCUCCCUUACGGACCUCAGAGCAGCGUUGUGCCCUUGCCACUCACGUACGUGGCCCAGCCAGCACCUCUGCCCCAGCAAGGGGCUGCUUCUGGGGGCUUCACCUUGGCAACGCUGCCAGCACCCACCCUGGACCUCAGCAGCGCCUGCAGAGCACAGCCUGUGGGCUUUUGGGCAGCACCCUGCUUUGUGGGGUACAGGGAUCCCAGAGCUUUCCUGCUGGGUGUCUGACCCUCUGAUAUGGACUAUGACCAAGGAGGAUUUGCACUACUGAUAGCUGCCCUCUUCUGUAACUGCC